AUGGUGUUAACAAGAUUGCGCGAUGCGAGUCCGAUGGGAAUCGUCGAGUCUUCGUCUCAAGACGCGAGUUUGCCCAUGCCGAUGCCCAUGAGUGCCCAAACCCAUACGCUACUGACACCUGCACCACGGCCUACUGUUCCGCUACCACAUAUCCUAUCAUCAAGUGCGUCUCAGUUGAUGAUGUCAACCAGUGAUUCGCGAUCACCGCCGAUUACCACGCAACCCUCGGUCGACGGUUGCCCUUCGUUUGAUACACUAUCGCUGCCCCAACCGCAGGUGCUACACCCAUCACCAUGUCUACAAAUCAACUUCUAUUGUUAG